AUGUCGGAAUCAAAACCUCGAGAUAAUCCAUAUCUCGCUCACCUUCCUCCUUCUCAGCGUGGUGUCGGGACGGGCUCGAAGGAGAUAACAAAGGAUCCUCUGUUUGGAUUUUUGCCGCGCAAGGUUAAAGGAGACCAAGUGCGAAAGGCAAUGGAUGGAGAUGUCAACCCUUUCACGAAACAGCCUCAUUCUGGACAGUACAAGAAGAUCUUGGAAACACGGAAGAAAUUGCCAGUGUUCGCGCAGAUGGACGAGUUUCUGAAGAUCUUCAGCGAAAACCAGAUUAUAGUCAUGGUCGGAGAGACUGGAUCAGGGAAAACGACACAAAUUCCACAGUUUGUCGCGUACUCGGACCUGCCUCAUACGAAAGGAAAGAUGGUUGCGUGUACCCAGCCGAGACGAGUGGCUGCGAUGUCAGUCGCUAAACGUGUAGCAGAUGAGAUGGACGUGCAGCUGGGACGCCAUGUUGGUUAUUCGAUUCGUUUUGAGGACAUGACGGAAGCUGGCACAACAUUCCUCAAAUACAUGACUGACGGUAUGCUUCUCCGUGAAGCCAUGAACGACCCCAGUCUCGAACGCUACUCGACCAUCAUCCUCGACGAAGCCCACGAACGAACACUCGCCACCGAUAUCCUUAUGGGUCUCUUGAAAGGCAUCGCAAAGAAGAGAAAGGAUCUCAAGAUCAUCAUCAUGUCUGCCACGCUUGACGCCCUCAAAUUCCAAAAAUACUUCAGCCUGCGGUCGGAUGCCACUGCGCCCUUGUUCAAAGUACCCGGUCGUACCCAUCCCGUCGAGGUGUUCUAUACCCAAGAGCCCGAGCCCGAUUACGUCGAGGCUGCCAUCCGCACGGUGCUGAUGAUCCACCGAGCCGAGGAUCCCGGCGAUAUUCUUCUCUUCCUCACUGGAGAGGAAGAAAUUGAAGAUGCUUGCAGAAAAAUCAAACUAGAAGCAGACGACCUGCUCAACCAAGAUCCAUCGUCUGUCGGCCCACUGUCAUGUAUACCCCUCUAUUCGUCCCUCCCUCCACAGCAGCAACAACGUAUCUUCGACGCUGCCCCUCCUCCCAUUACAAAAGAUGGCCCUCCCGGCCGCAAAGUCGUUGUCUCCACCAACAUCGCCGAAACAUCGCUAACAAUAGAUGGCAUCGUGUACGUCGUCGACCCCGGAUUCUCGAAGCAGAAGGUGUACAACCCGCGCAUUCGUGUGGAGAGUUUGCUCGUUAGCCCAAUCUCCAAAGCUUCAGCUCAGCAACGUGCAGGACGUGCAGGACGUACGAGACCUGGAAAAUGCUUUAGGUUGUAUACGGAGAAGGACUUCAUGAAGGAGUUGGAGGAGCAAACACAUCCUGAGAUCUUGCGCAGUAAUUUGAGCAACACGGUUCUGGAACUCAUGAAGCUUGGAAUCAAGGAUUUGGUUUCCUUUGACUAUGUCGAUGCGCCUGCUCCUGAGACUUUAAUGCGUGCUCUAGAGUUGCUAAAUUACCUUGCCGCUCUGGACGAUGACGGUAAUAUCACGCCAUUAGGUGGUAUCAUGGCUGAAUUCCCUCUUGAUCCUCAACUGGCGAAACUGUUGAUUGUCAGCCCCGAGUUCAAGUGCAGUAAUGAAUUGCUCACAAUCACUGCGAUGAUGUCAGUGCCCAACGUGUGGCUUCGUCCUAAUAACCAAAGACGGGAGGCCGACGCUGCGAAGGCUGCAUUGACCGUUCCCGAUGGCGACCAUCUGACCCUAUUGAACGUUUACAACCAAUAUGUCCUCAACAAACACGAUAAAAAUUGGUGUUGGACAAAUUAUCUUUCCCAACGUGCCCUCCAGCAAGCGGACAACGUUCGCGCACAGCUUCAGCGAACCAUGGAGCGCUUCGAUAUCGACCUCAUUUCUCUCUCCGACGAAAAGAAGCUGUUCGUCAACAUUCGUCAAGCUCUCGUCUGUGGGUUCUUUAUGCAGGUCGCACAUAAAGAGGGAGAGAAGGGCAACUAUUUGACCGUGAAAGAUAACCAGGCAAGUCAACCCUCGCUUAUAUCCGUUGUAGCGUUGCACCCAUCGUGCGGUCUAGACACCCAGCCUGAAUGGGUCAUCUUCAAUGAAUUCGUGUUGACGACGCGGCCCUAUAUCCGCACUGUAUCGGAAGUGAAAGCUGAAUGGCUAAUCGAGUUUGCUGCCAACUACUUCGAUCUGUCGACAUUCCCGGAUGGAGAAACGAAGCGGGCGUUGCAGCGGGCCUGGAAUAAGAGGGCAGGCCGAGGUGAUAAGAAGUCCAGCAAGGGGUCGAGACAGGAUGGGUCGGACGAGAGGUUGGCCAAAAAGAGGAGGACGGAUGGCAGGGACUAG